GCGGAGUCGAUCCCACUGCUCACAGACGUCUGCUGGAGUUAGUGGAGCAUCGUCUCGAUCAGCGCCCAGGAUUAGGAUCAGGGGAAGGCUGGUCUCAUUUCACUUCUCUUGUGUGCUUCAGAUUCUCUGCCUUUCUUGUUUAGGGGGUCUGUGUUUGUGGGUGAACCUUUCCAGCCAUCAGUGGAAUAUGAGGUUUCAGUUUUCUCUUGUUGAUUUAAUAAGUCGUUGUUGCUCUCUCUUGUAGCCUUUCCCAGGAUCUAGUAGGUUCUAUAGUCAAACAGUACAGUAACAGUUAUUGUGGUACAAUAGUUUCACAUAUAUAGUACUUAUGUGUUUCAGUACCAGUCAGGGGUCACUUACAUAUUAAUAUUGUAUAUAGUUUUAUAGUGUAGUAUAUAGUUUUUUACAUUGCUUUUUACACUGUAUUGAAAACAAUUGUUUAAACAUGGGGAUUUAUUUAUUUAUUGUAAUAAUUAUUUUAAUAUUAUAUUUAAACUAUAUAUCAAUGAAUGAUGUCUUGCUUCAGCUGAUGUAUAUCACACGGUGACGGUAUCAGAGGGCUGUAGUGACCCUGUCCGGCCACCAGGGGGCUCUACUCUGCUUUGAUCCGGACCUGCUGCGGGGCCACGCCGACAGUCACACCAGACACUGACUGACCCGCAGUCCAAGAUCCCAACGAUCAGAUGGUUGAAGACCAUCAUCAGCGUUGUCUUUGGCACGCUCUUCCUGCUGUUCACUAGCAUCUAUAAGGACUCUUUAACCGGACGUAAAUGUCGGGCUUCGACUUGCGCGCUGGGAAAAGAGCAACGACCUCGUUGACCCAGACGCCGUCCGGAUCCCCGCAGCGUGUUUGACAAGCGGCUCCGGAGGUGGAGCGAAGCUAGCUCAUCACACUGCAAGCGUGCUGCUAGCCUCAGCCCGACUUAGCUGAACCGGUCAACAGCAGCUAACAGUAUGGUGAAAAAGCUCUCUAUACAGCAACAGCAUCACUGGUGCAUUUCAAGUGACAUCGGUGAUGGAAAUUUUGGAAAAUGUAGAUUACGAUAGCUUGUGACCUUGUGCUUCUGACUGGUCUUUGAUAACAAAACUUGAUCACCCACAUGUAAAAAAACAGCAAGAUUGGAAUAAAAAAUUAAAUGUUAUAAAGAUGCACCCCUUAUUAAAUCUUAUUUUUAUUAAUUAAGAAAAAAGUGCAAAAUAAAUCAGUGUUUAGUGACUAGAGUAGUUUACAGAAUAAACAGUAGAUAACAUAUAAAUACAUAUCGGUAUAACAUGAUAAAUACAAUAAUACAUACCGUAAGGCUAUAUACUGUAGAAAUAAGAGAUGCAGAAUAAUUUUCUUAAAUAUCAAUAUAAUAAAUGUUCACAAUAACCCUAUGCUUAAAGUGUAUAUAUAUUAAAUACUUUACUAGCAAUGCCUGUAUUUGUUGAUUGGACUUUGCUACUUUUUUUUUUAUUUCUAAGAUUUGCUAGCAAUGUGUAAAAUAGUUUCAAAGCAACUCCUUAAGGUUUGUCACAACAAUUGCAACUUGGUUUGUAAAUCAAGGUUUUUUGACAUGUCUGGAUAAAGGUAAAACCAUUGGAACACUGGUAAAAUGUAUUUGAGUUAUGAGGGUUAAUGUAGUUCCCAUCGCUCUUUUCAGUACAGAAAUUAGCUGGAGAUGUUGUGGUUGAGGUGGUGGGUACUAGAGGUAUGUUAGUGGGUUCUGUUGCUGGCGUUCUUGUGAUGGUGGUUUCUGGAGUUGUGGUGGUUGGUACUGGGGUGGUUGUGUGUUUUGUGGUGGUGUGUUUGUUAUGUGGUGUUUUUGUCGUGGUGUGUUUUGUAUGUGGAGUUUUUGUUGUGAUGUGUUUUGUAUGUGGUGCUUUUGUGGUGGUCGGCGCAGGAGUUGUGGUGGUUGGCGUUGAGGUUGUAGUGGUGUGUUUUGUAUGUGGUGCUUUUGUGGUGGUCAGGGGAGGGGUUGUGGUAGUCGGCGCUGGAGUUGUGGUGUCUACUGUUGUUGUGGUGAUUGGCACUGGGGUUGUGGUGUCUACUAUUGUUGUGGUGGGGGGCGCUGGAGUUGUGGUGUCUACUGUUGUUGUGGUGGUAGGCGCUGGAGUUGUGGUGUCUACUGUUGUUGUUGUGGUCGGCGCUGGAGUUGUGGUGUCUACUGUUGUUGUGGUGUCUACUGUUGUUGUUGUGGUUGGCGCUGGAGUUGUGGAAUAAGCGACUGUUGUUGUGGUGUCUACUGUUGUUGUGGUGGUAGGCGCUGGAGUUGUGGUGUCUACUGUUGUUGUUGUGGUCGGCGCUGGAGUUGUAGAAUAAGCGACUGUUGUUGUGGUGUCUACUGUUGUUGUUGUGGUCGGCGCUGGAGUUGUAGAAUAAGCGACUGUUGUUGUGGUGUCUUCUGUUGUUGUUGUGGUCGGCGCUGGAGUUGUGGUGUCUACUGUUGUUGUGGUGUUUACUGUUGUUGUGGUGGUUGGUGCUGGAGUUGUGGUGUCUAUUGUUGUUGUGGUGUCUACUGUUGUUGUUGUGGUCGGCGCUGGAGUUGUGGUGUCUACUGUUGUUGUGGUGUCUACUGUUGUUGUUGUGGUUGGUGCUGGAGUUGUGGUGUCUACUGUUGUUGUGGUGUCUACUGUUGUUGUUGUGGUUGGCGCUGGAGUUGUGGAAUAAGCGACUGUUGUUGUGGUGUCUACUGUUGUUGUGGUGGUAGGCGCUGGAGUUGUGGUGUCUACUGUUGUUGUUGUGGUCGGCGCUGGAGUUGUACAAUAAGCGACUGUUGUUGUGGUGUCUACUGUUGUUGUGGUGGUAGGCCCUGGAGUUGUGGUGUCUACUGUUGUUGUGGUGUCUACUGUUGUUGUUGUGGUUGGUGCUGGAGUUGUGGUGUCUACUGUUGUUGUAGUGGUUGGUGCUGGAGUUGUGGUGUCUAUUGUUGUUGUGGUGGUCAAUGCUGGAGUUGUGGUGGUCGGCGCCAGAGUUGUGUUGUCUACUGUUGUUUUGGUGGUCGGCGCUGGAGUUGUGGUGUCUACUGUUGUUGUGGUGGUCGGCGCUGGAGUUGUGGUGUCUACUGUCGUUGUGGGGGUUGGUGCUGGAGUUGUGGUGGUGGGCGCUGGAGUUGUGGUGUCUACUGUUGUUGCGGUGGUCGACGCUAGAGUUGUGGUGUCUACUGUAGUUGUGGUGGUCAGUGCUGGAGUUGUGGUGUCUAUUGUUGUUGUGGUGGUCGGCACUGGAAUUGUAGUGUCUACUGUUGUGGUGGUUGGUGCUGGAGUUGUUGUGUCUACUGUUGUUGUGGUGGUCGGUGCUGGAGUUGUGAUGUCUACUGUUGUUGUGGUGUCUACUGUUGAUGAAGUGGUGGUUUCUGGAGUUGUUGUGUCUACUGUUGUUGUGGUGUCUACUGUUGUUGUGGUGGUCGGUGCUGGAGUUGUGUUGUCUACUGUUGUUGUGGUGGUUGGUGCUGGAGUUGUGAUGUCUACUGUUGUGGUGGUCGGUGCUGCAGCUGUGGUGUUUUUUGUAUGUGAUGUUUUUGUGGGGGUGUUUUUUGUA